AUGCCAGCCGAAUAUUACGAUGAAGAUGGAUUCCGGUUGACGUUUGAUAAUGAAACGGCGGACGAGGAGAAGCAGUUUUACAUGCGCGUUUUCCCGAACGUAAGCAAGAUCGCGGACCGCAAGGUACACUGCACUACAUGCGAUGCGCACAUCGGUACGGCACCGGUAACGGAAGCGAUCAUUCGGAUGCAUCCGGUGCUGCGAUUAACACACUGCAGAAGCUGUCAUGCCUUCUACAACAGCGGCGAGUUCGAUAAGGGCGAAGAUGGCAGCGAACUUUAUUGCCGCUGGUGCGGUCAAGGCGGUGAAGUUUACUGCUGCUCUCGGUGUCCGUACGUUUUCUGCAAGAAAUGCAUCACGCGAAAUCUUUCCAAGGAAUGUGUGCGGGAUAUAGUGGAGAACGAAAACUGGCACUGCUUCAGUUGUGCUCCAAACAUUUUGUGGCAACUUCGUGCCCAGCACUGGGCGUUGGAGAACUAUAUCGAAAAACAAAAGAAGGAGAUCAAAAACCAGCAACUAUCUGGAAGCACUAUUAGCGCACUGAUGAAACAGGAUCGUACGUACUGCUGUCAGAGCAAAGGUGUAGCCCGUUUGAAAGGAAGCAGCCCAGCUGUAGCUUCGGUUCCCAAGAAAGCACCCAAACGCACGUACAGCGAAUCGGGAACAAAAAGGAAACCUUCACAAGAUAACACAGCAUCAUUUUCGAGCGACUCAAGUGGUUUGGGGCCUCAGUUAACGCACUCUAUUCUGGGGGAUUUAAGCUUGGAUAUCACUCCGGUAGCGUCAUCAUCAAUUGCCACUGCGUCAGGUUCGUCGUCUGUAACGAAACCAACUUCGUCAGGAAAGAUAUCUGCAGGCAGUGCGCAAAAAAAACAGCCGAAAGCGCUUACGUUUGACAACAAAUCACCCGCAACGUCCACACCACCUGCAAAGAAAAAGCGUGUAGGAAAUAACGAAGUAGUUUGCACGCCCGACAUAUUGAGCAUGUUAUCUGAUGAAAAUCCUGCGAGUGAAAAACCCGUGUCCAGGCCGCAAGUUGUUUCCGUCGGCACUAAAGCACUAUUUCCUGUUGCUGCCAAACCUGGCGGGUUCGGCAACCCUCCCGUUCCUGCUAUAGUACCGCUGUCGAUAGGAAAUGUUGCAUCGGGUACUCCUACUAAGACGAAUAUUCCGAAGCAAAAAGUUAUCUUGCACCAGUCCAUGCCUCGUAAUUUGGCGGUUAGUGUACCAGCAAAGCGCGUCGGUCUGACGUCAAUGAGCGGACAGACGGAUUCCGCUUUAAAACAAGAGUCAGUAACGCAUACCGUACGUGUGCCGUCUUCAACAGUACAAAGACAGUCAAAUGCAGGCUCACCGUUAUUAGCUAUGUUCGAAGGUUUCAAAAUUGAUCUGCACACUGCCAGCCAGCAGGGUACGUAUCGAUUACCGAAUGGUAAGGUAAUAUCCGUGCGUCGGCAAUUGUUGGAUAAUACGGCUGCAACGGACACGCCUGCCAAACAGUCGCAACCUAGUGUCGCGAACGCUUCAAUACCGAUGCCGCCUGCGGGUCUUGUCCCAAUCCCAACGGCACGUUUGCUACUAAACAAUAAUACACAGGUGCAGCAGGCAGCUGGUCCGGCGAUCAUUCGUAAUGGUCAGGAUCAACAGUUGAGGCGUAUGCAACAACAGCAAUUGCAAAAGCAGCAACAUUUGCUGCAGCAACAACAGCGCUUUCAGCAGCAACAACAACAUUUGCAACAACAACAGCACUUGCAGCAACAAAUAAACAUGCAGAAUCAAUAUACACAACAGUUGCAGCGAAUCCAGCAACAACAGCGAAUGUCACCGGGUCAGCGUGGACCACAAUUAACGCCUACGCGAAUGCAGCAGUCUCUGCAUCAGCGUCCACCGUUGCAUACUCUGCAACCAGGACCUGGUAUUGCCAGGCAAUCGGCUAAUUCCGCACCGAAUGCAACAGUAGUGCAAGGUACUCCAGAUUCUACUCAGUCAGAUUGGGAUAAUUUGCAUCCGUAUUCGAUAGUGCAUGUCCUGAGUGGACUAGUAAAUGGACCGCACGAGAACACUCCGCUCGGUAACUCCCGGAAGGACUUUGAAAAGGCUAUGUUGGCGGGGGCAGAGAUUUGUAAACACAUUCUUGCCAAGAUCGCUACGCUGGUUAAUUCCAAAGCGUACAGCAAUGUGCGCAAUCUCCACGAUUUGAAGGAAUUGUUUAUUCAUCUGUCCUACCUCGUGACGUACGGUAUUGGACGCUUCAAGACGCUUCAUGACCGUUGUGUGAAUGACGUUAAGAAAAUGGGCUUCACACAGGAUUCCGACUUUGUAAUGGUUGGCGAUAGGAUGGUGAAUUGCACUAAGGAAGCAGACAGCCAAAGCGAGAAUGAAGAAGAUGAUGAUUGCGAAAUUAUCGAGCAGCCUCAAACGGUUAUUGAAGUCGAUUCGGACGAUGAAGUACCAUCAAGUAAGGAGGGUACGGUAGAACAAGCAAAACAACCUGUUGCCAGUGACAUCAAGGAGAAGUCUGUCCCAGAAGAACGCAACACAUCCAUGUCGCUUACAGUGGGAGAUAUCAAGGUAACGUGGAAUGUGGUCGGCGUUGUUGACAAACCUUCAGAAUCACAGAAUACUGCUGUCGCAACUUCGAGUGUGACAACCACCGAUAAAGAAUCGGACGGGUGUCAGGGAGCCAGUAAGGUAUCGACAGAGCUUGUUGAAAGUACCACAGCGACAAAAGAUCAAGUUGGCAGUGUAUCGAGUAUGGAGCAGAAAAAUCCUACUGAUGGUGAUGCUGCCUCCACCGAUGCAUCCACAGAACGUAGCGAACUUUCCCGGAAUGAUGAUCAAGAUCAGCAAAGCAAAUCAUCUGCGUCUGAAAACAACGAAGUUCAGAACAGUGGGGAAGAUAAGGAUGAGCAGGUGGAACUAAUUGAAAUAUCGGAUAAAGAAGUAUCAGAACUGUUGGACAUUCAUAUGACCAACGAAGAAGCAACGUUGAAGGAAAAUUCAAGCGAACCAAAAGAAACCGUUGGAUCGAUGGAAGUAAUAGAUUUGGACGACGAUGUUCCUCAUUUGGAAAAUCAAAAUGGUUCAAAAAAAUUUGAGCAAGAAAGUGGCGUCGAUAAAAUCGUUACAGCCAACAAAUGUGAUGUAGUAAAAACAACCGACGAAAAGGAUGAUAAAAAUGAUGGUACCAGCAAACUUUCGGAUGAUACGAAUGAAAGUUCUGCCGUACAAAAGGAACGACUAUCAGCUACGGUAGAGAAAUCACAGCAAAAAGACGUGGAUAAUGUAACUGGGACAGAUCGUGGACAAGGUAUGAUCAAUGACACUACGCUGCUCGAUGAGUUGGAUCGCUCGUCCAAGGGAAGCAGCAGUGAAAUUCUUAAUUUAAUGGAUGCGGCUGAUGAUAGCUACCAUAGCGAUAGUUCCGAUUUGGAAUAUAGCUCCGAAUACGUCAUGCAGCAUACAGAAAAACAAUUGGGUGCAACACUUGAUCGCUGUGAAGUAUCAUCGAAAGAGAAAGCAAUUGUGGAAGAAAAGUGUAAAGAAAAAGCUGCUGUUCCGGUGGAUAGCACCGGAACUGCAGUUGAAGAUAAAGUUUCAAAGGAGCAGAAGAAUGAACUGUCCCAUGGUUCAAAAGAGCAGAAUGUGAAUGAACCAAUAGAAGCUAUAGAUCUUUUGGAUAGCAGUGAAGAAAGUGAAAUUAGCAAGUCAACCGCCUUGCGAGACAUUGAUGUACCAGAAGAAGGUACACCUGAUUCAGAAAUACUUGAGGAAUCAUCUGCUGGAACAAAAGAAAGUACAGUAAAUUUAGAAAACGAUAAGGAGGAAUCGUCUGUUGUAGAGGAUCAGACCGUAGAUCCAGUCGAGAAACAGUCGGCCAAACCGCAAACAUCAACUGACGAUGAUAUUGAAGCGCAGGAUAAAAAUUCCACAGACGACGUACCUACGGUAGAUGAAACGGAAAAGAAGGCAAUAGUGAAGGAUGGAUCGGAAGACAAGGUGAAUGAUGAGAUGGAUGGAAAAGAAAAAGAUUAUAAGGAAGGAAAGGAAAAGGAUGAGAAGGAAGAAAAAGAAAAAUAUGAGAAGGAAGGAAAGGAAAAAGAUAAGACGGAAGGAAAUGACCAAGAUCUAAUGGAGAAAAACGAGGAAAAAAAGAUGGAGCAAGAUGAGAACAAGAUGAGAGAGGAGAAAGAUGAGAUGAAAACCAUUAAUGAGUUCAAUGCAAACGAUUUUACAGACAAGGACAAACAUGCUCCCGAAAACACUACGAAAGAUGUUGAUGCAGCAAAUGUAGAAACUAGCAGCACAAAGAGGGCAAAUGAAUCCAGUAGCGAUGGAGUUACGAAUGAAAUUGCUGGAAAACCGAAUUCAACUGAUGUGGAUUGUGAGCACGAUGUUUCCAUAAGCAAAUCAAAGAAUGAUGAACACGAAAUAUCUCUAGAAAGCUCAAAUGACAAAAUUGAUCAGGAACCAAUGGAGGUAGACGCUGAUGUGCAGUCAUCAUCGGUUGAUGUUGCCAUCGUGGAGCAGGAAGAUGAACAGCCCAUGGAAAUCGCUGUUGAAGUAACUGGAGAUUUACAGAAAAUAGAACCGUCUUGCUCGGUUGAGAAGCAUUCUGAAGAGCUGGAGAUGGAGCAAGAUGCGCUAUUGGUUGAAGUAGCAAAAGAUGCAAAACACUUAGUGCCACUUUCAGAGAAAACUUACACUCCGCACACUCGCAAGGAUUGCACAAUAGUUGACGUCAUUGAAACGAAAAACCAGUGCUACCGUAGUACUGACGAAAAAGACAAAGAAACGCAACGAUCCACUGAGAAGCUACUGGUAGAUAGUGUAAAUGAGCAGUUAGUAAAAGAUGGAUCAAACGAGGAGGAAAAUGCUGUAAGCCAUACUACUGCGGAAACUGUUGAAAACCAGGGUAAUGAAGGGGUGCUCUGUAGUGAUCAGGAUAGGAUGGAACCGGUUGAGGAAGAAAAAAUGAAUGAAAGGAAUGAAAAGCAUUUUAACAAUUUAUCUGACACUGCUGAACAGGUGAAAGAUACGAAUAAGAGUACAGAAAAGGAGGAAAUUAAAGAUAUGCAUUUCACCAAUCCACCAGAUACUGCAACAAGGGCCUGCGAACAAGGGCAAGAUAAGGAGGCGUCUACCGCAAUGGAAGUAGAUUCGACAAAUAGUUAG